AUGCUGCUAUCACAACUGCCCGUCGGUCUGCUUGUGGCAGCAACCGCUGCAUCGCCUCCGCCUCACCACUCCUUGAGCAGUCAAGUUCAACAAUGCUGCCGACAGCUCUCCAGUACCUUCCCAAACCAAGUCAUUUCGCCCAACAAUGCUUCGAGUUACAUUCACUACACCAAUCGAUGGACCGAGAAUGCUCGAUUGGAACCCACUUGCAUAUUCCUGCCGAACGACGCAAGAGACAUCGCCACCGCGAUCAAAAUCUUCCAUCCACAUAACAACGGAAGAGGAAUUUGUCCUUUCGCCGUCAAGUCUGGCGGACACAUGCCUCACCCCGGAGCCAACAGCAUCGAAAACGGCAUCGUCAUUGACCUCAGCUCAAUCAACGAAGUCACAAUAGCGAAAGACAGAAGCUAUGUGACUCUCGGAUCUGGGAACACCUGGGGAAAAGUCUACGAUACCCUGGCUGGAACGAAUCUAGCAGUGCCAGGUGGUCGAUGUGCAGGUAAGAAAUUCUAUCACAUAUUUAGUCUCUCUCACACACAUCCAUGA